CCCAUAUACGUUUUUACUAAACAAUGGUGUUUUUCAAAUAGUUUGAUGCGUUUAGAAACCCCGACGGACAUUGAAGUCAUUCGUAAAACUCGAACUUUAGAAUUAUUCAUCCCAUCGAACAGCAGGAGUUUGGGCCGUAAUUUAAAACCGAUAUACGUUUUGAGUGAUAGUGAAUGAAUCUCCAAAAAAUUAUAUUUGACGACCUCGACAAUUUACACUCAAAAUUAGACAUUCUCAUCAGAUAUUCCAAGAAUGGUUUCCGUUUGGCAAAUGUGCUUACAUUUCGUACUGAGUUGAAGUUAUUUCAGGACUACUGCCAAAGAAUCCUGGGACAGAUUGAACUAUGGAUAAUAAACUUUUUGUACACCAGUAGUCCGUAUAAAGAAAUUAGUUUUUGGAUUGAAGACACCAGUGAUUUUGGAAACUCUUUUGAGAGUUUCAUAAAGUCACUCGCUAUGUUGCAGAAUAUUAUUGAAUCAUCAUACAAACUCAUUUUUACUACAAACAUAAGUGAUGUGAUAUCAUUUGAUAGUGCGCAGCAUGAACAAAUGUAUUCUUUCGAAAAUAUUCAAGAAAGAAUCAAUUCUCUACAUUUAGAUUAUUUUUAUGAAAAGUCUAAAACCGAUGUGAUUAGUUCAAAUAGAAGGCGAUUUCAUCUUCAGUAUACAAACCUGAUAGAAGCAUUGGAUUUGCACGAUAACUACAGUAGUUCUCCUAACUUGUUUUAUGGAAAUAAGAACACAACAAAAAACUCCGAAAUAGAUUUACAGUACGAUGGCUAUAUUUCUAAAAUGAAGUAUACAUUGUAUAUUGUUUGGAAUCUAAUCACUGAUUUUUACUGGUUUUUAUUGGGUUCGAAAUUGAUCAGUCUUAAUUCUGAUUUAAAGAAUAACAAUGAAAUAUACAAUAAAAAAGAUAUGAUAGUUAUUCAAGCUAAUCAUAAACAAAGAGUAUUCAACAAUUUAUUAGAUCAUCUAACAUGUUAUCAAUGUGUUGUAUUACUCAAAGAUAUUCAUCUAAAAUAUAUACCUUGUAAUUUAAUUACAUUUUAUAAUGUUAAUUAUGUGCAUCACAAUUUAAAUUUAAUGAGAAAUGAUGAGAAUAAUUAUAUAAGCAAAUUUAUUAGUACCAAUAAUACUGAAGCAUUUAGCAAACAUUCCGAAUGCCUUUGUUCAGUGUUCGUAAAACUGGAUAAAAUAUUUAAGAGUUUGAAAGGUAUACAAUAUAACUGUAUGAUUGGUCUAAAUAUGGAUCCGACAGAUUCCUAUCCACCUGUAGAAAUGUAUACAACCGUUUUAAAUAUAACAAUCGGGAUUGAACAUGGAACGCAUGCAAAGAGGCUCAACAGUAAUAAAUGUCAUGAAAAAUAUUACAGUACAAGUCCAUGUCAUUUUAUUUCAUACUACCGCAGUGAAUUAAUUAUAACUAUUCAAAGCAAAUCACACUUUUUGAAGUGUACUGGAAAGGAACUGGUUAAUUCAGCCAUCGCACAGAAUGAGAACGAAUUAAUUCAUAGUGAACAAAGCCAACAAAUGAACAAUGGGUGUUCCUAUAGAACAUCUGCUUAUUUCAGUUGGUUUAGACAUCAUGUGAUUCCUGUCUCUUUGGUUAAUGAAACUUUUGCAUCUAUUAAUGAUGAUAAUGAUCUCAAUACAAGAAAGUGGGAUAUGUUUAUUAUCUGGCAAGGUCAACUAAAUACACCACAUAAUGAUGAUCAAAUAAAUUUUGAACAAUUAGAUAUUUCUUUUGAUCAUACAAACAAGUCUGUAUCUAUGGAAUGUUUCCAUAUGAAUCCUAAUAUCACAACUAAUGCCUCACAAAUAAAUGAAGGUGAUACUUCCGUUGUUGCUUAUGAGGAUAAUGAAGAUGGUGACAACACUGAAAAUGAUAUUACACAAAUGAAUGAUAAAUUUUCACCAGUCUCAACUAUUUCAAAUCUCCUACACAUUGACGAUAAUAAAUAUUAUGAAGAUUCGGCUUAUCAAACAUUGUAUGCUGAUGAUAAUAUCGAUCAUAUAAAAUGGGAUACACAAUCUAUUAUUGAUUCUCAUGAAACAUUUGGUAUUUUAUCAGAGGUGUCUUCUAUGCAGAUAAAACAAAUUCCAAUUGAUCAUGAUGCUCAAUCUUUACUGGAUUCUGACAAUACGGAUAACAGUGUUGUCUGUAUGAAAACUAAUUUACCAAGAACUGAUGAAUGUGACGAUGUUAUUAAUAAUAAUAAUAAUAACAAUAAUAAUAGUAAUAUUAAUGAUAAUAAUAAUGAGGAAUUGUCCAUCCUAUCAGAAGAACCUGAACUCCGCCAUAAUGUUGAUUGUUGUAACUCAUCACAGUCUGAUUACAAUGUAUUGGAUUCAAUAACAAGCUCCCUAUACAAUAUAAAUGUUACUAAUAAUAAUAUUAAUCAUAUUAAUAAUAAUAGUAACAAUAUAGAUGAAAUGGAUUCAAGAGAUAAUCACAUGGUGGAACGUAAUAAUCAUCAUGAAUUAAUGAAUAAUGAAAAGUCACCAUACAUACAAUUUAAUUUCAUUAAUUCAUCUCUUAUUCAAUUGGAAAAUAAAUUAAGUCGUAUUUCACUGGAACUUGAAGAAAUGGAAACAAAUGAACACCUUAGUGAUGAAUAUAUCAAAGAAAUUGACAAUAUUUUUCAAUUAUUACUUUUGAUUAAAAAAGAUACUUCACAAAUUGAUUACAUAAUAUCAAGUUGGAAUAUGGACAGAUGUUUAUCAGAGAGGGAUGAUUAUGUAACUCCUAGUACUAUAACUAUUUUAUAUAAUGAGUAUACUGGUCUAUCACAGUUAACUGGAAAAGUAGAACCUACAUUAGAAAUAAGUUCAGAAGAGAAUUAUCAGGGUCAUAUUGCUACACGUUUAUCAACAUUGAAAUGUUUACGUGCUGACUUGAUGAAACGCUGUGAUAGGUUAGUUGAACGUCUAGAGAAGCAAACAAGCAAUUCUGCAGUAAAUAUAAAUGAAGAACUUGAUUUUAUCAGUCAGAAUUUAGUUUCACUUGCUCAUAAACUUGACGAUCCUGACAAUAAUGACUCAUCAAAUGAUACUGAUCCGUCAACAAUUACCAAUAAACUAGAGAAACGGAUUACUGAUUUACAAGAAAUUCAAAAAGAAUUCACAUAUAUUGAAGAGAAUUUACAAAGGUUAAAGUGUACACCAGCAACGGAUUCAUUAUCUUGCAAAUCUAUUGCCAAACUUGAUUGUAUUGAAAGUGAACUAAAUGACAUGCAAAUUAAUUUACGAAACCAGAUAAUAUAUUUGAAUAAUUUUCACGAACAAUACAAAUCAAAUGGUCCACAAGCGAAUAAUAAUUAUGAUAAUAAUACUGGCCAUCUAGAACAAGAUGUCACUGUUUUAUACAAUCUUAUUGUCAAAUUAUCACAAUAUUAUCACCAUAAACUUUUACCAAUGUUGGAAAAUUAUGAUAAAUUAAUGAGCGAUGGUGUUAGACCACCAGGAAUAAUUACAUCUAUAUACAAUGCUGAAGAUAAUGUAUACCUAUCAGUGAAUAUUCUUAAUUUAUGGGACAGAAUAACUAAAGAGUUAAUGCCAAGAAAAUUCCAUAAAUUGAUCACUAGAUCAUAUGAACAAAUAACUAGAAACUUAACAUCAACUUUUCAUUGUCUACCGACUUUACAAUCAUUUGAACUUUUAUUUCCAAAUGGUAAUUUACCCAACUCGAAUUCUCUUCAUUGUCACGUAAAUAUCAUUUCAGAUCAUAUCAAUAUUAUUCAAGGUGAAAUUGACUGGUUGCAUAAAUAUAUUGAACCAAUCAUUAUGAAUGAAGAUCGACUUAAUUUAUUUACAGAUACUAUUACUAAUACUACUGAUACUACUAAUAUUACUAAUAAUGAAAAUAAUAUUGGAAUCAGUGAUCAAAUUGUAAAAUUCUAUGAAGUUAAUCAACAUCUAACACAAUUACUUAGUUAUUUUACACAAAUUUAUCAACAAUUAUCUGUUUUCUACAUACCGACUAUGGACAGAUAUCAUCAGACAAUUGAUCAUGCGUUGACUUACAUUAGUACUAUUCAAAAUCAAGUAGAAUUACUUCGAGAACUGGCAAUAUCUAUCAAGGUUAGUGACAAGGAUAGUAAGGAGGAUUGUGAAAGUACUAAUUACGACGAUGAACAAAAUGAAAAUGUAGAAUGUGCUCUAAUUACUUAUGAAAAGUUAGAAAAUCUAUGUACUGGAAAACAACAGUGUUUGGAACUAUUGGAAAAUGUUCAAAAUAAUCAUCGAACUAUUAUUGAUGAACUUGUAAAUAUGGUCAAACAAAUUCAAAUUUCAAUUGAUGAAGUGAUAAAAUCCACUGACAACAGUCAAGAUUAUUCAAAGACGAUGACGUCAUCAACAACAAUGCCAGUCAACACAAUAACGACCAGUAUUUAUUUGUCAAAACUACUGGAUCCUAUUGAUACAACAUCACAAAGAUUUCUGUAUUUUAUUUCAGAAAUUCAAAAGAUAAUCUCUGAAUAUGAUCAGUUGAUUAUUCAUACAAGUACAAGACAAAAGUUAGUGCCUCAAGAAUUACCUGUAAGUGAGAAUACACUGGAUACAUUAGAUAUACAUGAUUCGGAAUUGUUUCUAGACGCUUGUAUACCAUCAGUUAAUAAUUAUCAACACCAUUUUAAUGAAUUCGACAAACAAUAUGAAGAAUUAUUAAAUGAAUCUUUGACAAAUUCUUGGUCAGUUGUUCGUGAUUAUUCCCAUUUGAAUGAUGAGAAUCAAUUGAAUGGACAAACAUUACUAGCCAAUAAUUUAUCUCAAACAAUUAUUCACAGUGGUGAUUCCAAUGAAAGACAUAAUACAGAAGUAAUAAUUCUGAACAAUAUCUUAAAGAAAAUAGAUUGUUUAGAAGAUAAUCUUAAAUUAUCCUGUUGUAAUAUAAUGAAUGAUGACCUGGUAAAGAAUAGGAUGAGUCAAGUGAGCGAAUUACGGUCUGAUGUAACUGACAAAUUAAAUCAAACAAUUAAGGAAAUUGAACUAGUGCGAAUGAGCAGUCAACAAAUAGAGUAUGCUCAAGCAAAGUUGAAUGCUCUAAAAUCUACAUUUAAACAAUCAAGCGAUUUAUUUCAACGUAGCGUAUUCUCUCAAAACGAAGCUGAAUUGGUAACUAAUAUAUUUGAAACAUGUGGUCAUUUAAUUAAAAAACAAUUAUCUGAAACAAAUCAAGUAAUUGACAAGCUUCAAGAAUUAACUGAUGAAACAAAUUCUACUAAUCCAGGUCUUUAUUUACUACAGAAUUUUAACUUUGAUGAUGAAAAUGACACAUUUCCAUCUGAAAUUACGCAUAUCGAAAAUAACCAAUUGAUAGAUUCAAUAAAUUCUGAACAAAAUAACAUAUCUCUAACAUAUUUCAAUAUUCCUUUAUGGUAUGAACAAACUAAGGUAAAUGAUGAAGUGAUCAAUUUUCUGGAACAUAUAAAAAAUCAACGUGAACAACUAUUAUUUAGUUAUGAAUUAUCACAACGUCUUGCUAUAUGGUUAUCAGUAAUACAUCCUAGAAUGACCAAAUUGAAAGUGAAAUUUCAACACUUAAGUGUUAAGUCAGCUAAUUUAAGUGGCAAUAAUGAUCUGUGCUCACAUUUACAUGAUGUAACCCUGUAUCGACUUGAACUUUUCUCCCAGUUACCAAUGUUUCAGUGUAUCCUCAAUGACGUCAAUGAAUUCAAAGAUGUAAUAUUCCAUUUAAGUGAAGACUAUGCAUCAGACAAUAAAAUCGAUCGUAUUGAACAAACAUUUCUGGCCUGUUUCAAUAAACGUGAACAUGAAACUUCAUUACAUAGAUCAAUUAUUCAUUACACUGAACAGAAAAUAAUGACAAUUAUAAAUGAUUUUAAUAACAUUCUUACAGAAUCAUCUGUUUAUCUAUCAGCUAUAAGAAAUCGACUCAUCGAAACAAAUCAGAUUUCAACAGUUCUAAAUGAAUUGUCAAAUUUGCUAGAUGAAUUCAGUUGUUUAGAUGAGAGAUUUGUAAAAGAUUGUAUGAUAGACGAAGAAGAAUUGCCUGUUCAUUGUACAGAAAAUAAUUUAUCCCUUGUAAAAAACGUAUAUUUAAAUAACUGGACGAAAGUAAAAAUUCUAGAGAUGUGGCAUAAUGAAUUAAAAUCUAUACAAACUCUACUUAAAACUAUUUCAAAUGAUCGUUGCUUCGAUACUGUUACUGCUAAUAAUAGUAAUAAUAAUAAUAAUACUGACGAAAUGAAGAUCGAGAAUGAUGUAAAACAAUUGAAACUGAAAAUUGAACAACAAUCUUACCAUUUAACAAAAAAGAAAACUGAACUGAUCAAUAAAAUAAAUCGGGAAAAUAAACUACAAUCUUCAAUUACUGCUUAUUCUGUUUGGUUAAGUCAACUGAAUGAUAAGUUAAUAAAACUUGCUAAACCAAAUAAUUUAACGUUGGAUACAGUGAACAGUACAUGGAAAGAAUUUAAGGAUUGGAAUUUAAAAUCACUCAAUGAAAGCAAAUUACGUAUAAAUAAUUUAAUGAAACAAUUACCUAAUUCAAUAUUCAAUGAUACUUUUAAACAAGAUAAAUCAUUAUUUACAAAUAUUGAAGAUUACAUUUUAAAUAAUAAGAAUAUAUUCAAUGAAUUAUAUCAUCAAAAUUCAUUAUCAUUAUCAUCAUCAUCAUCAUCUUCAUCAUUAAGAAACAACAACAAGAUUAAAUCUCAUUUAGAAUUAACUAUUCUACGUAUAAUAAGACAAUAUAUAAAAUUUCAAUUACAAAGUAUAGAAUCAAUGAAAUUAUGGAAAGUUCAUUUGAAAUUUAUAAAAUACUUUAUCAUAAAUAGAAAACAAUUACAAUUAUUAUUUAAUGAAAUUCAUGGUAGUUUAUCAAAACUUUAUAGACCAUCAAAAUUAGUUGGAUGUUGUACAGAACAAUUAAAUAGUGUAAAGAAUGCUAUUCACCAACUGAAAACACAUGAAAGAUUAGCAAUUAAUCUUUAUAAUUCUCUACCAUUAAUCAAAUCUCUAUGUCAUCCUAUAGAAGUAUCACAAACAGUAGCUACUAUUAAUACAAUGAAACACAAUUUUACAAGUCUCAUGCGUCGAGCAAUAGAACGGCGAAAAAUUCUUACUCAAGCAUUGAAAGAAGAUACUAAAUUUGAUGUAGCGUAUUAUAGUUUAUUAAACUGGUUCUUAACCAAACUGGAGAUACUCGAGGCCUUUGAAACACGUACAGUAUAUGAUGAAAACAGUCAGUUGUCACUUAAAACUUUGCAUAGAGAAUUUCAUGAACAACAAUCGGAUUAUCAUUUGGUGAUGAGAAUGGGCAGUAAUCUACGUGAACGUUGUACAUGUACAGAUCCAGAAAAGAAUAUUCUAAAUGAGAUGCUUGAAAAACUUCAACUUGUCAAAGGAAAUUAUGGGAAACGUCUGUCGAAGUGUGAAAUUCAACUUAGUGAAAUGUUAAUUACAAAACGGAAUCCUAAAUCCGCUCUAUCUCGCUUAAAUGAAUGGUUACAAAUGAUCGAAGAACAUUUAGGCAUUGAAAAUACUCUUAACAUUAAACAUAUUACUAAUACUGAUACCACUACUGUCAGUAGUUCUAUUAAACCAUCAGGAAAUGAUCAAAGUGAAACUGACAAUUCAAAUCACUUAUUAUCAACUAAUGUUAUAAGAUUGUUGGAUAAUUUAGCUAAUCCAGCUCAGUACACGAUGACUAUUUUCAACUCUAAAGAGUAUGAAAACAUUGCUUCUGUUUUGGGUGAUAUAAUUUUCGUUCAAUCAUUAAAUUCAAAUCAUUUGAUCUUAGCUGAAGAUUUACGAGAACAUGAAAAAUUAUAUCAGAUACUUGUAAAAAAUGAUCACAACAAUAAUGAUGAAUUCAAUAAAAUUACAUAUCGUUUUAUACGUUUAAAACAAGCGUUCAAUCUACGUGAAAAAUGUCUUCAAAUCGCUGCCGAUGCUGCCUUAGAACUAAAUAAAAACUAUUCGAAUUUAAUUAGUUGGUUAUUAGAAGUAACCAAUAAAUUGAAUAAUAACGAAAUUGAACUUGCUUACGUUACUAAAAAUAAGGAAACUGUCUUACAAAAACAAACAUUGUUUUUCCACUCCGCUGAUCAAUACAAGAUUAAAUUGAAUAUGUACGCAAAAAUACAUCAUCAACAAAUCCACAUAUAUCGACCAAUAUUCAAUCACUUUGAAAAUGUAUUAAAGCGUGUACUUGCUAAACCACAAGUAGAUAAACAUGAAGAACAGAAUGUUUCUGUUUACUGUUACUCGAAAUGUCGAAGGCAAUUCAUUAUUCAAUAUAAACAAAUUGUGAAUUUAUGGCAUAAACUCGAUCAAAGUUUAAAAUGUUUGCGAAUUCAAUUAUUGUCACAACAACAAUCGGAACAUGCACUCAUCCAUGAUUUAAUUGAAUUCGAAUGUGAAGAACAAUGGGUUGAUGAACAAACACUACAACUGAAUGAAUUAUUGACAAUAGAUGAAACGAUUUUCCAAAAUCUAUCUAAACAAAUAAUCCCAAUUGACUUGAUUGGAUCGACUGUGGAACAAGAUACUCAAAUAUUGACGAAUAUUAAUUGUAGUAAUGGUAAUACUAGUUUAGUUUUGGAUUCAGAAUGUGACCAUGUAAUUCAUAAUACAAGUAGCUAUGAAUUGAAAGAAUGCGUUUCUAACUCAGUAAAUCAUGGUGAUCAUGAAGAUGAUGAUGAUAAUGAUGCGGAUGACCAUGACUAUGAUAUUGAGGGUUCGGUUGAUGAGGGAAUAUGUAAAGAUUUAGAAGUGCGAAUCACUUUUGCCAAAGAAAACUUUGAAGCCAUAAAAAAUAGAGAACAGAAAAUCUAUGAUUGUAUGAAUGCUUAUCGAAACCUUUGUGAAAUUAUUACUGAUAAUGGAAACAGUAGUAUAAAUAAUCUCCCUUCUAUUGAUGUUACUGCACAAUAUUCACCAAGAAAGGAAAUGGUCAAUGAAAAUUAUAAUAAUGAUUAUUCCUACUCACCUUUUAUUACUGUUGCUGAUCAGGAUAAUUGUGAUAGAGCAAACAAAUUGAAAACUUCUUAUUACAAUCUAUUGAAUCGAUCUAGUCAACGAAUUAAACAAUUGGAAUGCUAUCAUAAAAAAUUACUUGAGCACAAUCUUUUAGUUCAUUUCAAUUUCGAUCUGUGGAAGCAGGGGUACUUACAGUGGAUUGCAAAUCGUCAUUAUCGACUAAGCGACAUAUUUAACCCUAAAGCCUUAUCGGCAUUACGAACUGACAGACAGCUAUCAAACAUAUCCACCAAUACAGAUGAAGUGAAUUCUGAUUUAUUCAAACGUCCAACACGAUUAUCUAAUGUAUCUACGAAUUCUCAGUCAGUUUAUACUUCGUCUAAUAAUAUCAAACCCCAGUUAUCUAACAGUCGUUCAUCUCUCAUCCGAUCGAGUCGUGAAUCAUUGCAACCGCUCUCUGAUAACAAACAUAAACAAAAUGUCAGUCAUAAGCCAGAUGAAGUAAACUGUUCACAAUUUAUACAAGCAAUUCUACAUGGUAGACCAACACAUGAUUGGGCAAAUCCUAUUUUCAUCAAGUCUGCAUUUUAUACAAUUGACCAAGCAAAAAAGGGCAUAGUUACAUGUCAUCAGAUUAUUGAAGCAUUAAGUCCGAAAAAACAGCAUAAACCUCUACCAACUGAUAAAUUAAUUGAACAUGCAAUAGAACAAGAAACUAGUAAAUGUGUUUGUCAACCAAAAUUUCAACCGAGAAAAAUUGGAAAGGAUCGAUAUUGUUUUGGAUCCAGUUCACGAGUUUACUUGGUUCGCUUCUUGAAUAGUACAACGAUUGUGCGAGUAGGAGGUGGAUGGAUGAGCUUAAAUGAAUUCUUGGAUUCACGUGAUCCAUGCAGAAUUACCCAUAAAACAAGUCAUUUUGGUAGUACACCUAUAAAGCCUAAUCUGAUGAAUACAAAUUCCACAUCAAAACGUGAAAGUAAUUUAGGAUUAAUUAAUGUAACUCCAAUUAAUAAAUCACGUCUUACUACACUAAACAAUAUGAACUCUAAAGAACAAAGAUCAUUUGUAUCAACUCCUUUAACAAAUAAGGACUGUGACAUGAAAUCACUGAAUUCAUCAUAUGAGAAUGAAGCAUCAAUCCAUAACAACUCUUCAUUACUAAAACAAACUAUUCCAACGAAAACUACCAUCUUCAACAGGGCUACCACUAUACGGACAAGUACUAAUAAGAAGAUAAACAAAUGAUCAUCUGUAAAUUGAAUUCGAACUCACUAAUCCAUCC